UGACCGUAUUCGUGCUCGUAUAUAAUAAUGACCCUUCCCUUCUAAUUCUCUUUAAUUUCUACCAAAAAAAAUUAAAACUAAAAAUCAAGAAACCCUUUCCUUACCGCUCUCUUCUUCCAUAGCUCUUUCUUGUCGCCAUUGAAAUCUGAGUUCUGUUUUUAGGGUUCUUCAAGUUCUUUAAUCUGUAUUGCUUCAAUCAUGGCUGUUUUCGCGUUCUUAGUGUUCUUCCUUGCCAUAACUGGUCGAUCUUAUGCCAACUAUUGCUUGUGUAGAGAUGGGGUGAGUCAGCAAGUCCUUCAAAAGGCAAUAGACUAUGCUUGUGGAGCUGGAGCUGACUGUUCUCCAAUCCUCACCAAUGGCGCUUGUUUUCAGCCCAACACCGUCAAAGAUCACUGCAACUACGCCGUCAACAGCUAUUUCCAGCGGAAGGGACAAGUCCAAGGAAGCUGCGACUUCGGCGGCGCCGCCACGCCCAGCGUUACCCUCACCGCCACCGUGCCCUCUGGUUGCGUCUAUCCUUCUAGCCCCAGCAAUGCGGGAACAACACCGACGAGCCCCAGUGGAACUACGCCGACGAUGACUCCACCAGGGAUGCCGACGAUGACUCCACCUGGGACGCCGUCGUCGACGAGUCCAGGAAUGACGCCGUCGGUGUUCAACAACGGAAUCAGCCCGAGUGGUAGCGGCGGGUUCAACGAUGGCAGCGGCAGCGGCGGCGUGGGUUUCAGUGAUAAUAGGAACUCGUUUUUGGCUGUGGGCUCAACUCUGUGGUUAGCCGUAGUGUUUCUCUGGGGAUGAUGAAAAUGGCGGAUCGGUUGGUGGAUCUCGAUGAAUGGUUGAGAUUUUGCCACGUACCGUUCGGGGAAGGGUGGGAGUUACUUUUGACCAUUGGCUGUGGAAGGAAGAAUCUAGAGAAGAGA